ACCUCAAAAACAAAAAUUAACCUCUUUGCCAUCAGUUCUCGAAUGUAAAUAAAAUUUAGGCUUAUUUUAAUUAUUUUGGAUCUUUAUUGGCUUUCAUAAUGAGUUUUUGUGGCUAUAAGAGUGAAAUUCGCGAAGGUGAUACAGUGAUAUUAUAUUUGACUAUAAAUCAAUAUUAUAGUAUAGAGGCUAAAAACACAACUUUGAGUAAAAAAGGACUACCAAUUCAAAACGUUGUUCAGACACCUUACGGGUCCUUAGCAUGUGGUGAUUUAAUUGGAAAAAAGUUUGGCACUAAAAUUCAACUUAAGAAAGGUUGGGCGUAUAUUCUCCAGCCUACUCCUGAAUUUUGGACCGAAAUUUUACCUCAUCGAACACAAAUUAUUUACACUCCAGAUGUUAGCAUGAUUCUACUGUUUUUGGAAUUGAAGCCUUCUAGCAUUGUGAUAGAAAGUGGUACUGGUAGUGGUUCACUUUCACAUGCAAUUAUAAGAAAGAUAAAACCAAGUGGACAUUUAUACACUUUUGAUUUUCAUGAAACUAGAGUAGAAAUUGUGCGAAAGGAAUUUGCAGACCACGGUCUCAGUGAUUUUGUUACUGUUCAAACCAGGGAUGUGUGCACAACUGGAUUCGGUGAAGAGUUACAUGGCAAAGUUGAUGCAAUAUUCUUAGAUCUGCCUCAACCAUGGUCAGCUGCGAACUUCACCCGUGAAAUGUUCAAAAGUCGUGGUGGGCGAUUAUGUUCAUUUUCUCCAUGCAUUGAACAAGUACAAAAAAUGUGUGGUGUUUUAUCAAACUUGGGAUAUCAAGAGAUACAAACUAUGGAAAUUCUUCAAUCAAAUUUUGCAGUUCAAAAGAGGAAGAUGAACGUACUAAAUUUGAAUAUGUUAAAAACUCCCAACCCAAAUGAAAAAGAGAAUGACAAAACUGAAAAGGAAUUUUCAAAUUUUGUCACCUCAGUACCACCAAACUCUUUACCAGGACAUACAGGCUAUUUGACGUUUGCUACAUUUCCUCCUACUCAUUCUAUUUAUUGUAAUAAUUUAAAUAAAAAUGUAUAGUGUU